AUAGAAUAACAGUCAUUUUAUUUUUAAAUAGCAAAAAUUUGGUAAAAGAAAAAAAAUUAAAAAAAUUAAAAUUUCUAUUGCAGUUUUAUAUAAUUUCUACCUUAUUAAAUGGUUUAAAUUUAAUUACAAUAGAUUUUAAGUAUAGCCAUUUACUCGUUGAUAGUAACGAUAUCAUAAUAUAAAUGAAAGGAAAGGAGUAAAAUCAUUGAAAAAUAAAUCUUAUUUGUUAUCACGUUAACUCAUCAAGCGCAUAAAAUAUAAACAAAUUGAGAGCAUUACAAGCUUGCUCGCAUAAAUCACCACAAAAUGGAUAGUUAUGGAUCGCGAAAUAACAGCAAUAAAUAUCAAAAACCUUCAUUCAAUCGUCGAUCUCAUGACGAUGAUAUGUAUUCAGAACGAGAUCGUAAUGACGAUUAUUAUAACAAAAAAUCAAAAAAACCGGAGCAAAACUAUUAUCAGGCAAAACAGCAACAACAACAACAACAGCAAAUUCAAGGAAGUAAAUCUGAUUCAUCAAAGCGUUACGAGUCUAGACAAGGAUCGGAACCUAGAAUAAUGUCAAACAGUAAUAGUAAUUUCUCUUAUAAUCAAGAUCCAGAUAAGAAUAAUUAUGAUAGAAAUCGUGGAAAUGAUCAAAAAGUUGGAAUGAACCAACAAAGUUAUGAACAUCGUAAUAAACCACCAUCAAUACCGCGAAUUAAUAAUGCUGGAUUUAAGAAUCUUCCUUUGAACAUUGAUACAUUACCGCCAAGACUUAAGAGGAAAUUUUUAAAAGAUUGCGGACUGCCUGAGGAACUUGCCGACAAGCCUUUAUUUGAAUUUGCACAACAAUCUUCAGGAUACUCAUCAACACUGCCUUUUGGGAAUCGUAAUCGCUACGAUCAACAACAUCGACCACAGAAUUUUCAAAAUAAUAAUUAUCAAUCAAAAUAUAAUAAUCAAAAUUCAAAUUAUAACCAUUAUAAUAAUGACAGAGGAAAUGACAGGGGCAAUAAUAGCAACAACCAUCACCGAUCACGUUCAAUAACUCCACCUAGACAGCAGCCACAAAAACAACAUUAUACACCGAAAAAUGAAUGGAAGUCACCAAAUGAAAAACAGCAACAACAGCAGCAGCAGCAGCAUUAUGAAGACGUAAUUCGCAAAACGGAUAAAGAAGGUCAAAGCUCAUUCGAUUGGAGUGAAGACGUUAUGGCCAAUUCUCUUUCACUUCCUCCCGAUGUCAAUAAUGCAUCAUCGAGGGAUCACAAAUAUGAUGACAAUAACCGUCACAGACAUCGAAGACGUCGUAAUCGAAGCGCAUCGAGUAAUGGCAGUGCUGAACGAAGCGGUGGCUACAAUCCGAAUGAUAAUAAUUUUCAAAAUGUUUUUAAAAUGCCUUUCCCAAAACCUGGAAAUAAUCGACAACGUAAAAAUAGUCAAUCCUCAUAUAACAGUAGAGAAAAUAGUAUGGAACGUUCUUAUGGAUAUAAUAGUCGUGAUAAUAGCUUAGAUCGAAGACAAAAUCACGGUAGACGUUAUCAGAAUCGAAGAGGAAGUGAUAAUUAUCAUUCGAGUCGUGAGAAUAGUGCAGAACGAUAUGGUACAACAAAUUGGUCACGUCAGGGAUCAUCGAGUAAUUUACAGGAUGAAGCAAUAUCUUGGCGUCGUGCAGAUGAAGCGCAACACAUGAGCAGUAAAACAGAUCAAAAGAUUGCCGAAUUAACAAAACAAUUUGAGACAUCCGUUGAGCUGAAUAAGAGUUCUAACAAUAAUAAUAUUCACAACAAUAAUCAAGGUGAUCAGAGAGUCCUUUUUGAUCCUAAUAAUCCAUCGAAGCCAAUAGUUGUUAAACAAUCACAAAGUCGUCCUCGAGAAUUUCUAGUGCCUGACGUAAAUGAACAUUUCAAUGAUCACCAAAAUGACCUUAGUGCAGCAAAGCCAGUGUGGCUAAAAAAAUCCUCAGAACAAUAUCAAAAAUCAAUUAAAAGUAAACGUUUAAUAGACGAACUCGAUGUUUUAGAUUGUAAAUUAAAUCAGCUUAUUGAUAAUUCCGAUUUGAUUCAGGAAUGGACCCACAUUCAAGAAUUGCGCGAAAGUGUUCAGUUAAUAUUUGAAGAAUUGUUACGAGUCGACAUGAGAUUCUGCCAAAUAGAGCAUGUUGAACAUUAUUUUUGGAAGUUACUCUUCUAUAGGAUAAUUGAAUUAUUACGUAAGAAAAUGCAAGAUUGUGAUGAUGAAAGUCGUGGCAUUUAUAAAGAAAAGGCAAUUGAAAUUGUUGAUACUGGAACGAAAUAUUUAGAGGCACUGCUAAUUCACUUGGAAGCAUGUCAUAAGUUUCAAAUUGAAGAUUAUAUUGGUGACAAUGCUGCUAAUUUCAAAAGUGGCUUAGGUUAUGUUGGUCUUGCACUAGUGUCAUCACAAAAGAUUUUUCUCUUUCUCGGCGAUUUGGCACGUUAUCGCGAACAAAUUAAUACAACAAAUAACUUUGGACGUGCAAAAAAUUAUUAUGUAAAAGCUCAACAAAUUGUGCCUAAAAAUGGACGACCCUUUAAUCAACUUGCAUUGUUGGCUGUUUAUUCUAAAAGAAAAAUUGAUGCUGUGUAUUUUUAUAUGAGAAGUCUGAUGUCAUCAAAUCCAUUCUUAGCUGCUAAAGAAAGUCUUGUUGCACUUUUUGAUGAGAUUCGCAAGAAGUAUGAGUUUAGUCAACGGAAGCGUGAGGAGAAGACUCGUCUAAGACUCAAAGAGAAAGAGCACCGUUUUGAUGGUAAUUUGAGGAAAGAGACAUGGAUACAUCCCGAAGGUGGUAGUCGAGUUCAUAGAACAGCACCGUUAGAUGUUUCGAUGAUUAGCAAAAAUACAGACUCGAGUGAUGAUGAGCUAGAUCAAAUGGACCCCUCUGAGCUCAAUAAACGCUUUAUAAUAUCAUUUUUGCAUGUUCAAGGAAAGCUCAUAACGAAAAUUGGAAUGGAAACCUUUCACACAUGUGCAACGCAAAUGUUGAGAGAAUUUCGAGCACUGCUUCAUAUAUCACCCAUUCCUAUCAACUCACAUCGUCUACUUCAAUUAAUUUCUCUCAACAUGUAUGCAAUUGAAUGCAAUGCACUCAAUUUUACGGAAUUGAAAGACUCAUCUAUAGGUGCAGAUAUGCAGGCUCGUCCAGAAGUACAAGAAUGUGCAAUUAUUGUUGCAUUACUUAUGUUUGGUAUAAUCGUUGAGCGUUUCAUUGAGAUGCUUCGAGAGUCGCUGAAUGGCGGUAGUAAAACGUCUGCUGUUGUGAUAUUAAGUGGCGAGGAUCAAAGAAAAGUCGAUAAGACGAACAUCACAACGAAGGACGAAUCGAAAAAGAUCUUAAAGUUGAACGAAGAUUCUAAAGUUUUGCUGCCUGCUAUCAAGGUCUGGACAGAUUGGAUGUUUUAUCAUGAGAAUGUGUGGAAUCCGCCUCCUUAUUCUGAUUACAAAAUUAGUGCUAUGAGCAAUCACGAUCCGUGGAAUGGACUUGCUACAUUAAUGACGCUACUUGAGACUGUGGUUGAUGCAAAUAAAGAUUAUUUGGUGCUUGGAAAAGAUGAAGAUAAUACGUUGGUACGUCUGUUAGAAGACAUAACAUUGGCUGGAUUUACUCCAUUAAAGAAAGUCACUCAAGAUCCAAUUUACUGUAAAAAUGAUAUUAAUAUAGAAAUUGCUCAGAAUUCGCUAAGAUUACAAAAAUUAAUGUUUUUUGGAACUGAUUUCCUGUGCAAAUGCAAUCCACAGCCAAUUUUAAAGAAGAUUAUCAGCCCGUCAAACGGAAAAGUUGAAUAUAUGAGCAUCGUUCAAAAUCGAACUAGAAGUGCGAGUGGUGAUUCGGAAAUUCUGCUAGAAAGUUUUAGUGAUGAGGAAGAAAAUAGUAGCAACAAUAAUAGUAACAACAACAACAAGAAGUAUGUUGAUAUUGUUAAUGAUGAACAGAAGAAUUCCUCAUCCGAAUUGGAUGAUAAUUUAAUGAAGUCGCCUGAUCUUAAAAGCCAUCACGACGCAGCUGAAAUAAGGCGACUUUUAAGACGAAAAGAUGAAUUAGAAAGAAAGCAGAGAAUGCAUGAGAAAUAUAAUGAGCGAUUACAGGACAUUUUAAGUAAUAGCGUUGUAGCUGUAUGGUUGGAAGUACGACCACGAUAUUUGAUACCUGACACAAACUGCUUCAUAGAUGAUUUGGAAUUGAUAAAGGCAAUUGCUAAUGCGCAUCCGUUGUACCAGUUGAUGAUACCUAUCGUUGUUAUUAAUGAACUCGAAGGAUUGAGUCGAGGUAUUGUGAAACCAUUGACAUCAUCUGUCGUUAUGACUUCGGCAUUGUGUGAAAAAUUGGAGAAGAACUCGAUGCAUAAUAACAACAAUAUUAAAUCGGGAAGUCGUAGUGAUCCACAGCACGUUGCUAUGGUUACGCAGGCGUGCAAAAAUGCUUUAACAUUUUUGAAAUUAAAGAGUCCUGCUGUGAAGUGCGUGACAACAAAAGGAUCGAUCAUUAAUGCAGCUAUAUUUACCAGCGAAGACAGUCAAAAUGAGCAGAAAUCAAAUGAUGAUAAAAUUCUCGAUACAGCAUUAAGUUUAUGUAAGAAGAAUGUUGAACAGAAACAAGGUGAUGUGAGAUAUAUUAUCCGUGAAGUUGUACUUUUAUCGAGCGAUCGUAAUUUGCGUGUGAAAGCACUAACGAAUGAUAUUCCUGUACGUGAAUUGCCCGACUUUGUGCGAUGGGCAGGACUUAGCAGUGAUCUUUAAAAGAACGACAAACAACAAAAAUUAUUGAUUUUUAAAAAAUUAGCAACUUUUUCCCAGAAAUUUUUCAUUCGUUGUUAAGUUUUUCCUUAUAUCUCCCCAUCUCCCCCCCCCCCCCC